AUGGUUGAAGUCACAGCUAGCCAGCCAUGGGCCUUGUCACCAGUGGCUCUUGUUACAGGAAUCUUCAUCGUUGCUCUGGGAUUCUACAGAGUGCUAAGAAUCGGAAGCCGCGACAAACGACUUCCACCAGGGCCACCAACCGUGCCAAUUUUGGGAAAUCUGCAUCUUAUCCCCAAGACCGGAUUGGGCUUGAAAUUGAAAGAAUGGGGUCAGCAAUUUGGUGGCAUCUACUCGCUCAAGUUUGGUCCUGGAACUGCCAUUGUCUUGUUUGAUCGAAAGGCCAUUCACCAUUUACUGGACAAGAAGGGCACAAUAUACUCCGAACGACCCCACAAUUAUGUGCCUCACCUGGUCACUGGUGGUGAUAGUUUCGCGUUCAUGGACAGCACACCGCUGUGGAGAGCGGAAAGAAAGGUUGCUGCACAUAACCUCUCACCACGCAUGCUGGACGAAAAGGUUGGAAAGAUCCAAGAUGCCGAAUCUGUUAUCUUCCUGAAUGACAUUGUUGAAAACCCAGCGGGCUAUUACAAAAGCUUUAAGCGAAUUACGUCUUCCGUUGCAAACGCAGUGGUAUGGGGUCAUAGAGGCCCUGAAUAUGACAGCUUCUGGGGUCGUGCAGUUUAUGACGCCAUGGACAACUAUUCCGCUUCGCUAGAACCUGGCGCAAACCCGCCAGUCGAUGAAUUCCCUUUCCUUAAAUACCUUCCAUCGCGAUUUGCGUACUGGAAACGACGUGCGAAAAGCUCAUACAAAUGUAUGGAUGACACCUGGACUGAGGCACGUCGAAGAGUGCAAGAGCGGCGCGCUAAAGGCAAGAAGCGCUUGUCAAUAAUUGAUUCAAUACUAGAUGGAGAGAAGCAUGGAGAUCUGCAGGUCACCGACAAGCAGCUGAACCACUUCCUAGGAGUUCUCGUGGAAGGAGGUGCGGAUACCACUGCCUCAGCUACUUUGACCUCGAUCAUGCAUCUGGCGCUUCAUCCUGAAGUCCAGAAGAAGGCUCAAUUGGAACUAGAUGCCGUGUGUGGAACCGACAGACUCCCAUUAUGGUCUGAUUUCGCAGAGCUGCCCUACAUCAAUUGUAUUAUAAAGGAGGCUUUGCGCAUCCACCCAGUGCUUCCGCUGGGCGUCCCACAUCGUGUCAAUCAGGACGAUUGGUAUGAGGGCAUGCUUAUACCUAAGAACGCGACCGUCAUCAUUCCAAUAUGGGGUAUGCACAUGAGCGAGAUGACCGGGUACAAAAGUCCAAUGAUUUACAACCCGGAUCGCUUUCUCGCCUGGCCUCGACUUGCUGAUGCAUACGCUGGAUCUCCUGAUUACAGGAACCGAGACCAUUACACUUACGGCGCUGGUCGACGAAUUUGCCCUGGAAUCCAUCUGGCCGAGCGUACCCAAUUUAGAAUGACGUCGCGGCUUCUUUGGGCGUUUGAAAUCCAGCAAAAGAAGGAUGCAGAUGGGAACUUCAUACCCAUCGAUAUCAAUGCUUAUCACGAAGGUAUCAGCCAUACUCCAAAGGAAUUCCCGGUCGAAUUCAAGUUAAGGAGCCAAGAGCACUUGGAGACCAUUCUUAAGGAACUUCAAGUAGCAAAGGAGUUCCUGCAGCAGUUUGACGAUUAG